CUUUAACCCCACGGCCCACGGCCCACCCUGGCGGCGUCUCCUCCUCGCUAAUGGACGGCGGCGGCGACCGCCUCGGUUGCUCCCCUUUCUUCUCUUCUCUGGUUUAGCUCCAUUAUUCGCUUUCCCUUCAGCUCUCUUGGCUUAGGCAUUCAGCUCUCAUUCUCAGCCUCUCUGGCCUCUCUCCUUUCUCAACGCACAACCAUGGCGUUUCCUGUCUCCACCCUCCCUUGCCAUGUGUUGUUGCAGAGGCCGUGAUUCCAGUCCCUGCGAAGUUUAAUUCGCUGACAAAUUAGGGCUCCCUUCUUUUAAAACAAGUCGUGUUUAGUUCAGCCUAUGCAUUGCGUACCUCUUCAUCAAGUUCGACAACAGUUCGUUGUAAAGUGUUUAUCGGCCAUGAUUUCCAGAGCAUAUCCACCAAUUCGCAAGUUCCCCCGGCCUUUGAUUUUCAACUCUGUUGCUUUUGCUUACUCCACUGCCACUUCUUCGUCUUCUUCAUCUUCUACUUCAUUUUUAGCAUCUACUAGAGAUUCUACCGUUUUGACAAGGCUAAAUCACAAAGACUGGUUAACUCCCAAAGAGGUGCUGACUCUCAUAAACUCCCUCACAGACCCAUCUUCAGCAAUUAUAGUCUUGGAACUCUAUUCCAAGCGCAAGGACUACAAACCCAAUGAGCCCUUUUACCUCUCAAUCAUCCUCAAGUUAGCUCAUGCCAAAAUGUUUGAUGCCAUUGACAACCUCAUGCACAGAAUCAAACUCGAGAGGAACUGCCGCUUGUCUGAUGACUUCUUCUACAAUGUUAUCAAGGUGUAUGGCAACAUGGCUGGUCGUAUAAACAAAGCCAUCGAGACCCUCUACGACAUGCCCAAGUUCCCCUGCUGGCCCAGCACGAAAACCUUCAAUUUCGUCCUGAACCUCCUUGUGUCUACCAAGCUGCUCGAUGUUGCUUAUGAUGUUUAUACGUCGGCUCCUAAGUUAGGUGUUGAGAUAGAUGCUUGUUGCCUUAAUAUACUCAUCAAAGGUUUGUGUAAUUGUGGGAAGCUGGAGGCUGCAUUCCAAGUGCUCGAUGAAUUCCCCAAGAUAAAAUGUGAACCCAAUGUGAGAACUUUCUCUACAUUGAUGCAUGCUUUGUGUGAACAAGGGAAGCUGGAUGAUGCAUUUUUGUUGUUGGAUAGAAUGGAGAUGGAUGGUAUUUGGCCUGAUACGAUAGUAUUCAACAUACUGAUUUCUGGGUUGAGAAAACAGGGGAGAGUUGAACAAGCGAAAGAGCUAUUGGAGAGAAUGCAACUUAAAGGAUGUGCUCCUACUGCAAGUUCUUAUCAAGAGGUUUUGUAUGGAUUGCUUGAUGCUGAGAGGUUUGCUGAGGCUAAACAUUUAAUGAAUCACAUGGUUUUGAUGGGCAUAACUCCAAGCUUCGUGUCAUAUAGAGUGAUGAUUCAGGGGCUAUGCAAGUUGAAUCUUCUGGGUGAUGUCAAUUGGGCUGUGAAGCAAAUGGUGCAGCAAGGUUUUGUACCUAAGAUGGGGAUGUGGAAACUGAUUGUAAGAGCUGUGGUUUCCCAAGGUCCUCCUUUUCAGCUGGAAAGUUUUCUCAUAGAUUAAAACCAAAUCACAUUUAUUACUUGUAAUUAUUGUAACUCAUUAUAAAAUUUUAUAUUUUUGAUUUUAUAUA